UAUGAGCCCUGCAGCAUACCUACAUUCAUGCAUGUACAUGCAUACUAAAGCUAUGCUAAAGAUAUACUACUAUGAGAAAACCCAGUAGUAUAUGGGAUACUUUUUAACAGCUGCAAUAAUAAUAUAUGCAUUUAUGGGACAAUCAUUCAUCAUCUUUAUAUUAUAAAUGUUGAUACAGACAUUGCCCAGACACUGCCUUAUGCAACAUUUACUCAGAUAAAUGCUAAUCUCCUGAAGUAUUAUUAUUGGGGACUAAGGGGUUAUCCAAACUCACUACAAUACAAACAUGCCCAGACAAUCUUGGUGUGACUCAGGUAAUAUGCUCAGAGCUGACAUAAGCCCCUUUGUAUGACAGUGUCCAAUCACAUGCUGUAAAAUUACAAGCGCAAAAAAACGGUACCAUAUGCAGUGAUCUUGGAGUGUAUGAUAUAAGGUCUAUGGUCUUUACACACAAUACAUGCACAUCCAUAUUGAUAUCACAUAACCACACUUCCAAGUCUGUAUUUCCCUUUCAUUUUCCUACCACUGUACUAGCUCAGAGUUAUCUAGCCCUGAUAAUGUGGGUCUAUAAAUAAAGGGCCCUGUGACUGAGCUGCCUGUAAGUGUCAAAUUCCAGGCCCACUCAUCUGUCCUGACUGGAUCAGCACCUGCUGCCAACUAUAAACCCACCCACCCCCGGCUCUGCACUCAAGCCCACCCAGUGCCCAACCAAACUCCAGCCUAUUGCAGAAAAAAGAUCCAGGUCAGACUCAGUGCCUUCCAGAUCAGAAGGGAGGGGCGGAACUAGAGAUGGGAGUAUGAGAGGAUGUAAUAUGUCUGAAAGAGAUGCCCACCUUUGCUUUUUCUAUUCAAGUCUGAUCCAUGGCAGAGCCUUUGACAUUCUGACGUUGUGUAGCCAGUGUAGCUCUUCUGUCCUGAGCUGUACGGAGCCGCUCGGUCCUGGAUCCAGGACAUACACAGAGGUUUUCAAAGUUUAAAGCGGGCUAUGGAUUUUGAGAGACUGUUUGCUGUAUGAGGGGCAGCUAUUGCAACAAAGAGGAACUCGAUGCCCUUGGGAAAGCCCUGUCAUUGGUCAAAGUCCAGGAACAGAGCCCAGAACAGGCUAGAGGAGCCUACUGGACUGGCCGCUGUAGGAUUCUGGAGUUUGUGGAGUAGAAAUGGACAGCUGGACCCUCCAGGGGGACAGCUACUCCUUCCUACAUAGUGCGCCCCGCACCUUUUCCCUGUGCCACCGCGAGGGCACGCCCAACCACGUUGAAAUCUUUGACAUCAUCAACGUCCCCACGCAGCGCAGCGCCAUCUCUGAGACCACUUGCCUGUGUGACAUUUUCGGAGACGACUGCGAGUCACCCUCAGUCUCGAGCAGCCCUGCUGUUGGGGUCUUUGUUCCCACGCCGAGAGGGACGGAUGGGUCACCUGCCGCAUCGCCCCUGGUGGAUGAGCUGAACGACUCCUCGGGUUCCUAUCACACGGCGCCGGGCUCAAGUGAAGGAGAGGAGGGCUUCGAAGAUUCGAGAGAAAGACUUUGCAGUCCCCUGCUUCAGAACGCGUCUUCAGAGAGGAAACCUUCAGAGGGCGCACGACUGCCCACAGGGCAUGCAGACAGUUACGUUGACACAAGGAUUGAGCCGAAAAGCAAUUUAGCGCUACCAGAGCUUAAUACAACAAAUCCAUCACCCGGAGGCCUUGACUCUGGUGAGAGGACCCUCUCUCCUGGAUACAGCAGCCCCAACACUAGUUCAGAGGGAAGAGUGUCGUCCUUGUCUUCCUCGCUUGAAAAAAGACUUUCACCAUCAUCUCCCUGUCCUAGACAAGUUGAUUCUGAAACUGAAAGGGAAAAUACUCCUACCUUCAAGGAGAGAGAUAACACCCCCAUAGAUCAAUCUUUAACACCGAGUACAUCCUCUGAAUCUAGGAACUAUGACCACCCUUCCUCCCCUCAUUCAGUGAAAUCUUCACCUGAGUUUGUGGUAGCACAAGUCUCCCCUGAGCUGAGCAAUUACUUUUAUCAACAGGACAGUCCUUUCUCUGAACCCACAUUCAACAAUUUCUCCACAGACUGCACAGAUCCAUCCUCAGAACCAUCCCCUGAACCUUCGCCCACCUGUGAAGAGACAUCAUUACAGUCGAGAGAGAACUUUCCUGAACUGAGCGACAGGCCAGAGUCCGCCGACACACAACAAUCGUCUCCUUUUCCCGAACAAAGAGGGAGGAUCUCUCUGCCGGACCUUUUCAGCAGAGGCUCCUCACCUGAUUUGGAUGACAUCUCCUGCUCAGCACCUUCCCCUGCAGGAGGAGACUGCUCAGCUACUCCUGAGAACGCACCACAGUCGCCUGAACUCGUGAGUGUCGUUUCUUCUCCUGGGCUACGAUACACACCUUCACCUGCGGUUUCACUAGCAACAUCUGCUGAACUUAUGCAAACUAGUGUCUCACCUACAUUAAGACACAAAACUCCUUCCCCUGGUUUGCUCAGUGCUGCUUCCUCAUGCACAGCUGGGACAAGAACUCCGUCUCCUAAAAUAACACACGUUUCAACAUCUGGUGAAAUCAGGACUCAGGGUCCUUCACCUGUGACAAGUUAUAGUUUACCUCAGUCACCUGAGGUUAGGAGCAGUUGUUCUCCUAGAUAUCCUGCACCUUCACCGGAAAUCAGGGUUACAGGAUCCUCGCCAGAGGUUAGCAGGAGAGAUCCAAAUGAAGUGGUCACAAUGUCAGCGUCACCUCUUCUAGAGACUCACUUGGAUCUGUUCUCCUCCAGAAGCCCCACUUCGUCCCCUCAUAUCACUGGGAUUUCCUACACCGUUGUUCAGCCUGAGGACAGAGACACUACCCCAUUUCCUGAGCUUUCUCAUCUCUCCUCCCCUGAGCUCGUAAGGACACCUAAAGGAAGGACCCCCACCCCAAACAGAGACAUUAUAGAAUCAGAUGGUGCAUCACAUAACUCUCCACAUGCAUCAGUGUCCUCUCAGUCAGAAAUAAGUCUAAUGCAUCCCUCACCGUCACCACAAGCAAAGCCCCACACUCCUUCACCUGAGCCUACACAUAAAAACCCUUUAUCUAAAACUUAUCAAAGUCCUGCACCUGAGCACCUGAGUGAAGAUUCGUCAGCUACUGUGUCUUCUGAGCAGAGGUUUUAUCAGCAUUCACCAAUGUCUCUCUCCACAGAGCACAACCUUCAGUAUACGCAGCCUAAUUUAAGAAAUACACCUGAGAACCCCAGGGAUGUGUUUGCAGAUGAUAUAACAGAUAUACAGUACCCAGAUCAUUUGCCAAAGGACAAUGCAUCACCGUCUCUCAGUAAAUCGGAAAUCAAAAUGAGUUCACCGGUGCAGGCAAAUCCGUCACCUGCAUCUACUUCACCUUUUACCUCUGAAGUGAAGGACGACAGCCAAGAAAGGGAAGCAACACUCAGAGAAGCUCAAAAAAAGACAAGUCUGCCUUUGUUUUCUGAGAUAAAACAAGACACUGACCCUAACUUUGUUCAAAAAGACGUUUACAAAAAGUCCCCCUUUGACGUGAAGUCUACGUCCCCUGAUCUUGCAGUCUUAAAAGAUAAGAAUACAAACACCUCACCUGUCAACAGGGCCAGUUCACCUGUACAUAGACUGGAGAACAUACAGCCUUAUUCUGUAACCUCUGAAAUGAACAGCUCGUCAAAAACAACUUAUUCGUCCAAGCACCAGCGAAGACAGCUCUCAACUAAUGCCAGACAGGAAAACAUGGAGAGCUUUGCAGAGAACGUGGCCCACCAUGUAAACAGAAGACGGACUCCCUCUCCACCACUCACUAGGUUUACACCUGUUCACAUUAUCGCCCCCGAGAAGCCAUACAGGCAGUGGCAGAACAGAAGCCACGGCUCGUCUGAGGUUGUAGCAUUCUCACCAAGUGGGAAGUUAAAGAAAGAUGUGACAAAUAGGGAAAGCCCCAGUGCUUCUGGUGACAGUUAUAGCCAUGACCACUGGGUCAGGCUAGAAAGGCAAUCGGAGUUGGAGCAGGAAAUGCAGCUGGAGGACGAGAGGGAGGUCCAAAGGGAGAGGCGAUGGGAUAGGGAGGCAGACAGACAGAGUAAGAGGGAGGAGCAGCUUCGUGAAAAAGGGGACGUGUGGCAGGGAGACACCAGUUACAGAGGGGAACAGGUUGAGCUGUCAUUCAAUGCCAGGAAUAGAAAAGAGCCUGCCAGUCGCAACACAGCUCCCACAAGCAGAGAGACCCUUCAGGGACUGCCAGCAGUGCAUUCCUAUUCAGAGAGUUUGCCUGCCACCAGACAGCUACAGCAACAACAGAGGCUUCUGAGGCUUGCUUCCCAACAGGACACCAGAGUUGGUGGUCCUAGCAGGCGGCUCAAACCUUCUGCAUCCCAGAACAAGAGCAGUUCUCCGAGAAACGUGGCUUCAAGCAGACCCUGCCGCAGUUCCAGCUCCAGCAUGGGAAGCGAGCUUGAUGAGGCAGACAAUGAGGUAAAGUGGCUCACAGACGUGGCCUUCCGCAGCCUGUCAAGCCCUGAGGUAGAUUACCUUGACAUGUACAACUCCAGCCAUCGUUCAUCUACCAACAUUUCUCAGCCAUCUACUCAAGAGAGCCCAGCUGGGGUCAGUGCAUCCCUGCUGGCCUAUGCUGACUUCAGGGGGUCUGCUCCAAAGCUGGACAAUGAUGAGCUCUCUUUCCAGCCACCAACUACACACUACUCAGAGGGCCUAUAUCCAUCGCGGCGCUAUGAGAUGGGAAGUUUUGAGUGCGUAGAUGUGGCUGUUGAACGAGAGGACUUCAGAAAGGUGAGAAAGGGUGUACCGAAGAGGCAAAUCCAGCUGAAGAGAAAAAACAACACGGAAGGGAGGCAAGAUGGGAGCAGUGGAAACAGUAGUCCUGGGGUGCCAUUGACCGUGGGAAGUCCUUCUCAGGGACGUCACUCCAGGGAGAAAUUCACAAGACAACACAGUACACCAGCAGCAAUGCAAGAAUGCUACCCUUGUGUCGAAAACCCUGAACCCAUUCAACAAAAUGGACGAAAUUCAAAACUUCAAAAGUCUCUUUCACUGGACGAAACUGGCUCUAAAACCAAGAUGGCCACUUGCCUCAUCAAGAGUGUGUUAUCCAAGAAGAUGCAGAGCACUGACAAACAGACAGAUCAGCAGACAGCAGAAGAAGGAAGUCCAGAUUUGGAACAAAGCAGCAUCUCCGCAGAAAAAGACACCUCAAAACCUGACGUGUGUAUUCUAAGUUCCGGUCGUCAUUUGUCAGGAGAAGCCGGGACAAUGGGUGGAACUAAACAAGGGAAAAGCUUGGGAGUAAGAUCUAGUAGCAGGCCAAGCUCAUCCAGCAGCAGCAAAAGUGUUAACUUUUCACACACCAGCAGUGAAGAGGCUGAUUCACAGAAGACAAGCGCAAGCUCACUAAAAUCUGAAGUAAGAUCGGAAUUGAAAGUGCAAAAUCAAAAGUCCAGAGCUGAAGCGCAAUGGGCUGAUGACCGAAAACUAUGGGACGAAAGGGAGGGAGGUGACUCAGCAAACGCCGCUCCUCGGAGCACAGGGGUUCCUUCUGGCACUGAAGCCCCGCAGCAGGUCACAUACACCCGUCAGGAAUGUGAAAACACUGAGGAUCAUAAACAACUGCAACCGGAUGAAUACACGUCAAAAUCACAGGAGAUCGCAUCCAAAGCUGUGGAGAAAAAGAAAACCUCUUUCAAUGUUUGUCUCACACCAGAGCUAGAAAACAAACCUGAAGCAUCUUCAUCCAAUGUGCUCUUCACAGAAAAGGAUGAAGCGACCGUUGAUGAUAAACCAGAGGAGGAAGAAGAAGAAAACGGGAACGUCAAAGCCAAGGUCCCCAUUCACAAGGUGAGAGAUGUGAGGCGGAUCGUAAAGAAUACAUAUAAUUUGUCUUUUAAGGGAACUACUGCUGCAUCGCAAUCAGAGGUAAAUGAAAAAAAGACAGAAAGCUUUAAUGUGGAAGAAAAUAAAGAACUUAAAAAAGAAAGACAGAAAGGGGAGAAGGAACUAAGCCAGGAUAUAUGGCAGGCAGAGAGAGAGGAGAAAAAAGGAGAGGAGUUGAAAGUGGAGAAGAAGAAAGAACAAAAGGAGGUUGUAAAGCACACAACCCCACCUCCACCUGUUCAUGGCAAAAGAACACCACUCUCUCACACCCAGCCAAUACAAAUUGAAUACAAGGCUGUUUGCAAGAAAGAAUCAGCAUGUCGAAAUGACAAAAGCCCGGCCUCCCCGGAGUCUGUCACUGAGUUUAGCAGAGAAUCACAACAGCCCUCAAAUGCAACCAUUCAGAGUUACUCAACACAAGAUGCAGGAUUAGCCAAGUCAUGUCAGCGUGAUGUGAACACGGCAGGAGGAACACAAGAGUCAGUGACAGAAAUGUGUAAAGACACCAAGGACAGGUCUGUUGUGGUUAGAACAGACAGGAAACCACCCAUGCUUGGGAGCCUCCCCAGACUUCCCAGCAAGGAAAGAGAGGUGUCCACGGCAGUGGUGAUUAUAAGAGACGGAUCCAGCAAGACCAAGACAUCUUCAUAUCUCUCCCAGGAAGACAUAGCGCCCCCGUUUCAAGCAGCAGCCGUGUCAUCGUCCCCUAGACCCAGUUCUACUGGCAGUGCCCCUGGCAGCAGUGGCCACUCAGUCUCAAUGUUAUUGAAGGAGAAGGGCUACCAGGCUGAUAUUGGAGCAGUAAUGGGUGACAGUCAACAUGUUGCUGGAAGAAAAGGGGUUCUUACUAAGCAUGUAAACUCCAUGGAGAUUCCCCUCCAGUUGGCUGGGCCUGCAGAGGGAGGUCAGAUGGAGGCCCAUAGACAGAGGACAAUCUCCUCCUCAUCCAACAUGUCUGCCACCUCCGUGGUGUCUGACACAGAUGCAUUCUCAAAAAGCAGAGAAGAUGAGGGCAUUAAACCUGCAAGGAAAGAAACAUUCAAUCAGAAAGGAGCUUCCCCCCUGAGGAGUAUACACGAGCAAACACCACCUAUGGCCAAACAGAAGGAGCCUGGGGAUUUUGAAGCAGUGAAACGACUGGAUCCGACUUUUCCCCCGAGGUCCCCUGCGUUAAGAAGGUUCAGGCCACAACCAAUUGAGGUUAAGUCACUGUCCAAAGAAGCACAGAAAGAAGAGACACCCUCUCUAGGAAACAGUAGACCUCAAACCAUUGAAGUCAAAUCUAUAGCUAAGAACUCUCAAAAGCCCACUGUGCCUCCGAAACCAAUCUGCAAAUUCAAACCUUCCGAAUUAGGAGUCACUUCCAAUGAAGGCCAGAGACCAUCGAUGAUUGCAAAAGCACAAGACGAAGAGAAGUCUCAAACGAUAGUGGUGUCCUCGCCAACGAUCUAUAGGAAGAUCUCCAACGAGUCCCUGUCAACAUCAAACUACACAAGGAAACUAGCUGUGUCUACUGUUUCCAGCCUCAAACCUCCACCCAGCAAAACAACAGCAACCGCCGUCACCAGUCUCUCGAAACAGUCACCAGGACCAUCUGAUAUGGAGGCAUGCGUUGGCAGAGGGGAGCCUCAACAGGUGGCAGCCUCACCUCAAAGCUCUAGAAACGCACAAAGACCACCGCCAGCAUCAGUCACUGACCCCGGAGCCAAUAUGGAUUCAGGUCAAGCUACGGCUUCUGACGCAACAGCCAAUCAAAUCCCCCGACCUGCUGCAGCUGCAGCCAACCAGCCGAGCCAGGCAGCUGUUAUGGAGGCAGACAGUCAGCAACAGUACACCAGGACAGCACCCCCCCAGGAACGAGCGCUGCCGGCGACUUCCAACAAUACAGAACAGCCACAGGUUCCAGGAUACACCCACCAGUCAGGCUGCGGAUCUCUCUCCAGUGAUCGGUCCCAAAGGACAGAUGACCUGCAUUUCUACACCUCGGACGAUCCUCCGAGUUAUGAUGAAAGAGAAAGCUUCAGUCCCCUCAUUCUUCCAGAUCUGACGCCGCGGAGGUCAAAUCGCUAUCAGCCCUUUUCCCGGCCUCCCCCCUGCUCCUGUACGGCCUCCCGUCCCUCCCACCCUGGUGUGACACCUCCUCACCAUCACCGCAGCCCCCAUGACCCCACCCCACCGGCCCCUACGCACUCUCCAGGCCAGGCUCUACCUUACCCGGUGGCUCAGCCCCCCCUUCGUCCCCACCAGUGCAGACCUGACCACCAUCCAAGUGGCUAUCAGCGCAGCUCUCCCAAGUCAAUUGCCCUCGGUCCAAAUCAUCCACCAAACCUUUACCUGCCUCUCCACCAGCCUCCUCCCUGCCCCCCCCAUCCCUCGCUCUUGCAGACCUGCCCUGGUGAUCGCCCUCUGCAGCCACCCCAGCAUAUUGACCCUCGACGACCUCCUGUCCACAGAUCCCCCCAGCAGCAGCUACCAGUCAUGGCUGGGACCCAUUACAACGAUCCUGGCCACAGUCACUCACCAGGCCUUCCUCCUAUGGAUCCUCAGUACCUGUGUGGACCUGCUAGUCUGGGACCUUCCUAUGGUUCUGAUUAUGGAGGUGAUAGCUCCAGCUUAUACUCAGAGAGUAGUUAUGGACAGACACCUCGCAGAGUUCUUAUGGAUCCUGAGACGGGGAAGUAUUUUUAUAUUGAGAUGCCUGUACAACCACUGAGAAAAAUGUUAUUUGACCCAGAGACUGGCCAAUAUGUGGAAGUACUCAUUCCACAGCAAGCAAUGUCACAUUCAGGCCUGUAUCCUCCAGCAGCAGCCCCCUAUCCAUCCCUUCACAACCCCAGUAUGUACGCCUCUGCGCCGCAGUACAUGCCCUACGCUGCUCCUCCGCCUCCCCCGGCCCACCCCCAGCCCCAGCCACAGCCACCUCGAUACCCCGAGGCACCUGCCACUGCAACAAUGCAUGCAAGUGGAGCUGGGAUUAGUUAUAGGAAUCCCCCUGGUCAGGGGUCCAAGCCAGAGCCUCAGAACCAUCCACCACUGGACCAGAGCUACCUGGAGAGUAUGUAUUAUGUCCCUACAGGGAUGAAUGCGAGCCCUAAUCCCACCCCACCGGACUAUUACCACAAGUGUCCCCCCAACUUGCCCCCAACAGGGGGGAAAAGGUCCUGAAAUAGAGGAUAGAGGCCGUCUUCCUGGAGCCUGUGGAGUUUUAAAUACACUGUGUAUAAAUGGGAUGUCUAGUGUUAGCCUGUCUUGUUAUUUGAGUUUUCACAUUGCAACCGAGGAGAGCUGAACUUUAGUUGUUGUUUAUUUGCUUCUUCUUUUUCUGUGCGAGGUGACAGAUAAAUUGUUUAGUUUUAAAAACAGUCUUUUCCUUAAUGUCUACUGAACACUUUAAAUUAUUAAUGUCAAUAUGACUGAGGCAAAAUUUGAUUAUUUUUUUGAUAUAUCACACUGUAACUACAAUAGAACAGCUUAUACACUAUGGAAUGAUGGUUAUAUAUGUACUUUAUUUGCAUAUAUAACAAAUUCUCUAUCUUCAAAGAACUUGUUUUAUUAUUGUGUAUCACUUGAAUGAGUGGGUUUCUGCAAAUGUCUGCAACAGCCAUGCCAAUAAAAUGUGUCUUAUGCACCGCU